CGCGCCCCAGGCCGCCGCGAUCGCGAGCCGGGCGGGCGGCGCGCGAACUCCGCGUCGCCGCGCGGGUGGGUGGGAUCGUGGCGGAGCUCCGGACGCCCGGGCAGGGGCGGGAGAGCGCCAUGGCGGCGGCUGUGGCGGCGGCAUCCGGUCCCCGCACCGCGGCGAGGUGAGGGGCCGCCUCUUCUCCGUCGCUGAGGAGGCCGCAGCUGCCCGCCUGCCUUCCACGCGGGCCGCGGCUCCGGCAUGGCCGGGCUCAUUAAGAAGCAGAUCCUGAAGCACCUGUCCCGGUUCACCAAGAAUCUUUCCCCGGACAAAAUUAACUUGAGCACCCUGAAAGGGGAGGGUCAGCUGACCAACCUGGAGCUGGAUGAAGAGGUUCUCCAGAAUGUGCUGGAGCUUCCCACCUGGUUAGCCAUCACUCGGGUCUACUGCAACAGGGCCUCCAUCCGGAUCCAAUGGACAAAGUUGAAGACACACCCAAUUUGCUUGUGUCUGGACAAGGUAGAAGUGGAGAUGAAGACAUGUGAGGAACCUCGGCACCCCAAUGGGCAGUCUCCUAUCGCCCUUGCUUCAGGACAGAGUGAGUAUGGCUUUGCCGAGAAGGUGGUGGAGGGGAUGUUCAUCAUCGUCAAUUCCAUCACCAUCAAGAUUCACUCCAAGGCCUUCCACGCUUCUUUUGAGUUGUGGCAGCUCCAGGGCUAUAGUGUCAACCCCAACUGGCAGCAGAGUGACCUCCGCCUCACCCGCAUCACUGACCCCCGUCGAGGAGAGGUUUUAACAUUUAAGGAGAUCACUUGGCAAACACUUCGAAUUGAGGCAGAUGCUACAGACAAUGGUGAUCAGGACCCAGUCACCACUCCACUGAGGCUUAUUACCAACCAAGGCAGGAUCCAAAUAGCCCUUAAGAGAAGAACCAAAGAUUGCAAUGUGAUAGCCUCCAAGCUGAUGUUCCUGUUGGAUGACCUGCUCUGGGUGCUGACUGACUCACAGCUCAAGGCUAUGAUGAAAUAUGCAGAGUCACUGAGUGAGGCCAUGGAGAAGUCAGCCCAGCAGAGAAAGAGCCUGGCCCCUGAACCUGCACAGAUCACCCCACCCGCUCCCAGUGCCCAGCAGUCCUGGGCCCCGGCGUUUGCUGGCAGCCAGGGGAGCAGCAGCAGCAGCAGCAGUAGCAGCUGCCUCAGCCAGUACUUUGAGAAAUUUGAUGUGAAAGAGUCCUCCUACCAUCUGCUCGUCUCCCGCCUGGACCUGCACAUUUGUGAUGACAGCCAGUCCCGAGAGCCAGGUGUCUCUGCAAACAGACUCAUGGGUGGUGCAAUGCAGCUUACUUUCCGCAAGAUGGCAUUUGACUAUUACCCCUUCCACUCAGCAGGUGAUAACUGCAAACAUUGGGUACGUCACUGUGAGGCCAUGGAGACCCGAGGCCAGUGGGCCCAGAAGCUGGUGAUGGAAUUUCAGAGUAAAGUGGAGAAGUGGCAUGAGGAGACAGGUCUGAAACCACCCUGGCACCUGGGGGUAGACUCUCCUUUCCGGAGGAAAGCAGAUUCUCUCUCCAGUCCUCGAAAGAUCCCCCUUGAGAGAAGCCCCUCUCAGGGCCGACAGGCUGUCUUUCGGCCCCCCGCAUGGAAUCGCUUGCGUUCCAGCUGCUUGGUUAUCCGCGUGGAUGACUUGGACAUCCACCAGGUUUCUACCGCUGGACAGCCAAGUAAGAAGCCAUCUACCCUUCUCUCCUGCAGUCGGAAGCUUCACAACCUGCCCACUCAGGUCUCGGCCGUCCACAUUGAGUUCACGGAGUACUACUUCCCAGAUAAUCAGGAGCUUCCAGUUCCCUGUCCCAACCUCUACAUUCAGUUAAACGGUCUGACAUUUACGGUGGAUCCUGUCAGCUUGCUCUGGGGAAACCUCUUCUGCCUGGAUUUAUACCACAGCUUGGAGCAGUUCAAAGCUAUCUACAAACUGGAAGAUCCAAGCCAGAAGGAUGAACACGUGGACAUUCGACUGGAUGCCUUCUGGUUGAAGGUAAGCUUCCCGCUGGAGAAGAGAGAGCAGGCUGGGUUGCAUCGUCCCCAGGCCCUUGUCUUCUCUGCCUCAGGCAUGACUGCCACCAAUACACGUCAUGCCCCACACUGUAGCUGUCCAGACCUCCAGAGUCUUUUCCGGGGUUUUGCUGCUGCUGAGUUCUUUCAUUCCAAUUAUGUUCAGUUUCCCAAGGUUCCAGGCGGCUUUAGCCUUCUGCACAUGCUUUUUUUGCAUCAUGCUUUCCAAGUGGAUUCCCACCUCCCUCAGUCUAGUACCCUCCCUCCCCAGAGGCUCAAGGCCUCCCAGGAUCUCUGGUCCGUCUACUUCACCCAGAUCUCCUUGGACUUUGAGGGAACAGAGAACUUCAAAGGCCAUACCUUGAAUUUUGUGGCCCCUUUCCCCUUGUCCAUUUGGGCCUGCCUACCCCUCCGCUGGCAGCAAGCCCAGGCACGGAAGCUCCUUCUGGCCACAGAAGGGAGGCUGAAACCAUCAGCCAGCUUUGGCAGUCCUGUCCAUUCUGAGGCCUUUGCCCCUGACACCGGGUCCCAUCAGAGGUCAAAGACCGAGCAUGAUUUGAAAAGCCUCUCAGGCCUUACGGAAGUCAUGGAGAUUCUGAAAGAAGGCGACACUGGUGUGGACAACAAAGGGCCUCUGCCAGAGCUGGAGGAUACAGCGGACGUGCAUGUGCUUGUACACUCCCCGGCACACGUGCGUGUGCGGCUUGAUCACUACCAGUACUUGGCUCUCCUCCGGUUGAAAGAGGUGCUACAGGGUCUGCAGGAGCAGCUGACUAAGGAUACAGAGGCUAUGACUGGGUCUCCCCUGCAGGACCAGACAGCUUGCAUUGGGGUCCUCUUCCCCAGUGCCGAGGUGGCUCUGCUCAUGCAUCCUGCCCCUGGGACCGUGGAAGCUGACUCCGAGGGUUCAGACACUACCAGCCUCAUAGAUUCGGAGCUGUCUCCUUCGGAGGAUAGGGAGCCGAAGUCUGACGCCUCCUCCGAACAGAGCCCAGCAAGCCCUGAGAAGGUUCUGGAGGAUAGUGGCGUGGAUAAUCCGGAUGCAUCCCAGGAUAGGCCACUGCCUCUCCAUAGCAGUGGAGAAAUGCAAGACUCAGGUGCUCUUGCACAGCAGGAGGCAGGGAAGGGCCAUGGCGUCGAUUCCUUAGAGGCCAAGAAACUGAGCAGAACCCAAAUGCCUAGCUCCCCAGCUCCGCUGAAGCCCCCAGGUGGCAGGGACACUGCUGUGAAUGGACAGAGUGAGCUCAUCCCCUUGAAGAACAUCGAGGGGGAACUGUCCAGUGCUAUUCACAUAACCAAGGAUGCCACCAAGGAGGCGCUGCAUGCCACCAUGGACCUCACCAAGGAAGCCGUGUCCCUGACAAAGGAUGCCUUUAGUCUGGGCCGCGACCGAAUGACCUCCACUGUGCACAGGAUGCUGUCUCUGCCUCCAGCCAAGGAGCCCGUGGCCAAGAUAGAUGAGGGGGUGGCAGCCCCAGUAAGUGGAGGUGCAGCCCGACUCCGAUUUUUCUCCAUGAAGAGGACAGUAUCUCAGCAGUCAUUUGAUGGUGUUUCAUUGGAUAACAGUGGCCCUGAAGACCGGAUUUCUGUGGACAGUGAUGGCAGUGAGAGCUUUGUGAUGCUCUUAGAGUCUGAGUCUGGUCCAGAAUCUCUUCCAUCAGGAUCUCUGCCAAAUGUCAUAGACAGUGCUGGUGUUCAAGGGAGCCCUGUUGUGGAUAGUUAUGGCCAGGCGUCACCAGAGGCCAACAGUUCUGUCUCACCCAGUGGGGAGGACCUCAAUCUUCACCUGGUCUCAGUUCUGGUCCUGAAGGUGAAUGCGGUGUCUUUGGGGAUUGAACUACGUGGUGAGGACCUGACCGUGGCCCUGCAGGCAGAGGAGCUGACCCUCCAGCAGCUGGGCACCGUGGGACUCUGGCAGUUCCUGCAUGGACAGUGCCCGGGCACAAGCUGUCAAGAAUCCUCAACUUUGAAGACUGACCACAUCAGGCCAGCUGUGGGCCUUCGCUUUGAGGUGGGCCCUGGUGCAGCUGUUCAUUCUCUGCUGGCUGCACAGAAUGGCUUCCUGCAUUUCUUGCUCCGUGGCUGUGACCUUGAGCUGCUCACUUCGGUGCUCAAUGGCCUGGGGCCUUUCUUGGAGGACGAGGAGACCCCAGUGGUAGUUCCCAUGAAGAUUGAGCUCCUGAACUCCAGGAUUACUCUAAAGGAUGAUAUCCCCCCCAUCUAUCCGACAUCUCCAGGCCCUGUCCCCAUCACUCUGGCCAUGGAGCAUGUCGUGCUGAAGCGCAGUGAUGAUGGUGUGUUCCACAUCGGUGCUGCUGCUCAGGACAGACCAUCAGCUGAAGUUCUGAAAAGCGAGAAGAGGCAGCCCCCCAAAGAACAGGUGUUUCUGGUGCCCGCAGGGGAGGACCUAGCUGAGCCGUACCUUUCCCAUGACCCCUUAGGGGCUGUAAUCACCCAGAGGGCUGAAAAUGUUGCCUGUGCCAUGUACAGCUGGGUGGUGGGCUCUGGUCACCUGGCAGCAGCUUCUAGAAGUGCUGAACUGAGGAAGUAAAUCAGGAGCUGGAUGCAAAUGCGUGCUAACCACAUCUUUCAUCUGUUGCCAUCCCUGUAACCACUGAGCCCUGAAGAGGGGAUUAGGCUCCUAGAAAAGAUCUGGUCAGGUUCUCUUGAUCAUUGGCCAAAACAUUUGGGUUGUCCUGCUUGAAUUCUUCCCCCUCAUUCCCUUAUUAGGUGUUUUUGCGAGUGUGUUACCUUAUUCAUUAACUGUGAAUUACUUACUGUUUCUCAGGUGAAAGAACUGCCUACCCUACAAAAGGAACUUAUAGAAACUAAACAAGCAUUGGCUCAGGCCAACCAGGAUAAAGAAAAACUUCUUCAGGAGAUUAGGAAAUAUAACCCCCUCUUUGAGCUCUGACAGCAGAGGCUCAGCCAUCUGUGCUGCGGAGAGAGGAGGAGAUCACCAGCAGUCGCACCACCCGCGACAGGCGCCGACCAGUGUUGGACAGGUCAGGUCGGCAGAGGAGGCUCACCGCUUUUGGCGGUGUCCUCUCUACAGCUGUGCUGACUUGUGUGGGAGGCAGGGUGAAGCAUGACCACCUUCCCGGAAGUUGGGGGCAGCUUUGUGUGUGGCUCAAGCAUCACGUCUUGCCUGUAUAAAGCCUUUUGGCCCUCUGUGCACUGGGUGGCAUCUUCUCAACACUGUAGGGUCAUUUCACCGCCUGGUUCCAUGGCAGAGACAUUUGCUUCCUCCACAACCUGUACAAACAGGGCAGAGUAGCCAUCUCCCCAGUCACCCACCAAGCCACCAAAGAUGCUGUGUCCCAGAGCCUCCUGUAGUGGACUGAGAAGUCCUUGGCCUGAGCUGCGGCCAUGGUGGUAGAACGGAACAGGAAAUAGCCAGCAGGGUGGGAGCCAGGGGAGGGACGAGAGUAAGUGAGACAUGGAUUCUGCCUUUUUUGGAAAGGAAACCAAGCUCAUACAGUCUUGGCUGAAUUACAAUCAGAUUUUCCAGGGUCAAGCUUCCUUUCUGUGAUACCUUCAUCCUUGCGAUGCUGCGGUAGGAAGUAAACAGCAGUAGCGGCUCACUUGUAUCAUCCUUCCCAUCGUCGGUAACACAGCCUGUUUGUAAUCUCGGUCAAGGAGAAAAUAUUCACUCUGAGUUAGGCUGGAGGCAUGAUGUGAUGGGGUCCACAGGGAGCUUGGUGCUGGGCCCCCCGUUCCUGCCGAGUCCUCUCUGUCUUCCACAGCUGCACCCCAGAGUUCAUUUCCCAUCUCCCUGGGCUCCCUGGCACAUCUGCUUCCCCAGCGCUAUGAGUUUCUACCAGCAUUGUCCUUAGCACUUGGUGGUUUGGGAGCUGAAAAUAUGUUUUAAACUGUAACAUAAACAUCUCGGCCUGUUGCCUCUCAUCCCUCUCUAUCACUGUGGCUCUUUAAAAUCGUGUUAUUUUGACUCAAGUCAAACAAAACAAAACAAACCCUUCAACCCAGCUACGUUUUUGCCCCUGCCUGAUAAAAGAGGUAUUUUCCCCCUUUUUCCUUCCUACUUAAUUCUUUCCCAGCACUCUGUCUUCAUUCUUACUGCUCUGCGAUAUGCUCCAAGCUGUGUUAAUUGGACAGAAGCUCAUCAGCUGACUCACCUUGUGUUGGCAAGAUGGUAAAGUAGUGUCACUAAAGCCUUAAUCACACACGACCUGUUAGAGGAAAGAUAAAAUGGUUUCUUUCCUUUAUGGGAAAUCACACCUGACUUGUAUGUUCUAGUUUUUUGAGGAUAAAAAGAAACAUGCAUUCAAGAAGGAAUAAGAUCUAAUUUGCUCAGACUUAAAGAAUUUUUGUCAUCGUUCUUCACUGAGGCAACUUUUAAAAACACUAAUUACUAUGAGAUUAUGGGAAAUAUUCUGUCAGGCUUAGGAAACAACUUAGAGACUUAAGAAUAAACAUCUUUCUAGAGAGGAUAUUAACAGGGUAAUUUCCUAGAGGUUGAUACUUGGUUUAACCUUAUUUAAGAACUUUAUAAAUAACCUGAAAGUAGGAUAUUACUAUGCAAAUCAAAUGUCACUACUUCCAGGCAUUGAAAAAUAAACCAGAAGAGAUUUAAAAAAGAAAGAAAGAAAGAAAAGUGAAAUCACAGGAGAUUCACAAACUGCGCUGUGAAUACUCAGGAAAGUGACAGGUGAGUGUGAGGUGAUGCACUUGUGGGAGAAUCGGCAACCAGUGAGCUCUGCGAGGACUCAGGAAAGAAACCUAAGCAUUGCCGAGAGUGAGGAAGGGUCCGUGUGCUGCUUCAUCAGGAAGAGCACAGGGACCAGUGCGGUGGAAAACAGUGCCUCAGGCAAGACCAUGAUAAUGUCUUUAAUGAUCUGUGGGCCUCUCAUGACCUUUUUUACAAAGUAUAUGGUGAAGGGAGGAGAGGUCCAGGAAGUUAUCAUUGAGUGGAGAUAAUUCCACGUGAGGACACAUCUUUAAACUGUUGGCCCCUUUUCUGGAAAGAUGAAAGCUGAGGGUAGUGUCAGGUCAAAAUAUUCACUCAAGAGCAGGGACAGCAUAUGAGCUCUAGGACUACCUGGUAGCCUUGGGUAAAAGAAAGCACUUCUUGUAGCAAAUCAGAAACUUCGAAGCUCGUUGGCAGGAAGUGGUGCUGAUGGAGUCUAUAUAGGUACAGGGUUAAGAGGAAUCCUUGUAUGACGGCUUUCCAAAGCUAGGGCUGUUUGGUGAUACCCAGGCAGAGAAGCUGCCUGCUUCCCUCCACAAACUCCCCCUUCAUGCUUCUUCCAAAGGCAGAAUAGUGAACAAAAAGAUCACGGUCUUCUCAGGUAUGGCGUUUCUAAUGUUCUUGGUGGGUGCACGGGGAAGCUGGUAGCUAGAAGAUAGACUCAUUCAGCCUUAGUUUCAACUGAAUUGGUCCAAUUUUUUUUUUUUUUUUUUUUUUUUUUUGUCUCUUUAGGGCCACAUGCAAGACAUGAGGAAGUUCCCAGGCUAAGGGUCGAAUCAGAGCUGCAGCUGUGGGCCUGCACCACAGCCACAGUAACGCCAGAUCCAAGCCACGUCUGCGACCUAUACAACCGCUCACAGCAACACUGGACCCUUAACCCAUUGAGUGAGGCCAGGGAACAAACCCACAUCCUCACGGAUACUAGUUGGGUUCGUUACUGCUGAGCCACAACGGGAACCUCUAAAAUCACAUUCUGGUUCUCUCCCUUCCCCUCCUCUCCUACCCAUCACACCCCUCCGUGCAAAGGGUUCCUUGGUAUACCUUCGCUUUAAGCCUGUGCUUGGUGUGGGGCAGCAGAAACAAACCUGGCUGGCACUCAGGCCAGCCCGUUAGUGACCAUUGACCAGAGCUCUGUCAGAUUUCUGGGUCCUCUGGAACGCUUGUCCAUGGGAUGAAUAGAGCCCUAGAAUUUGAGUUCCCUUAUGUGACAGCUUUGGCCAUUGUGUCUUGAAGUCCUUUGUCAGGAAAUGUGGUAGGAGUCAUUGUCCCAUGGAAUUUUAGUAAAAAUCAUCUUGUAUAACUUCAUACUCCUGGUCAUUGGGGAAAGGAAGACUUUUUCAUAAUGAAAUGUCACCUGGUUGGUAGUCCCUAGGAUAAAUAUAAAGGAGAAAGAUGGAGGGAAAAAAAUAGUGUCAUCUCCUUUGGACUGCUUCCGAUUCCUGCCUUGGAGCUCUAAGACUCUGUGAACAAGAAAUAACAAUACCUCAAGAAAAUGUCUGGUGUGAUAGCACCACUAUCCCUCAAAAACUUCGGGCACCGCACAUCACUACUUCGGCUGUGAAGCAUUUACAAGUACGUAUCAUCUGAUUGUCCAGAUUUCCUGUUUACAUGGAUGCACCGAAGAUGCGUGUCAGCGCACAUGGACUGGUGAAAUCUCCCUUAGCUGAGCUGCAGGGGUGGUUUUCAAUCUCAAAUUCUGUUUUCAACCCACUGGAGUUAUUAACCUCAUUUAUUAGACUUAAGAUGAAUGGGUUCUGUUCUCAUGAUGGCUGCUUUUUGCUUUAUAUUUAGCCUGACCCUCAUUUUGCCAUGGGCCUCAACCUUUGUCAUGGUUCUGGAAGGAAUGGUUCUGCGUCUGGAGUGUACAAGCAGUAAACCACCCCUCACCCCAUAACUUAAAUGCUUCCAUUUGGUCCUUUUACAUUAGUUUCCCCUCAGGCUAGUUCAAGGGGUAGUGGAAAGAAGCUAGUUUGAACAUAGUGAUACGGGAACUUUCCAUUCCAAAACUUUAAAGUAAGGGUUUGGUUUUUCUCUCCCUUAUUUAAUACGUGGAUAAACUUCUAGAGUCAGUUAUAAUAUCACAAAACUACAGAAGCAGCAUUGCUGCACAAACUUGCAGGAUGACAUCUGGGUAUUUGAGGACUGUAAAAGCUGGGUCAUUGCCUUGUGGUUUACCAUAGUCAUCAUGUUUCAAGACUCUGGUGUGGAUGUACCAUCCUUCCAGGGACAGCAGCCUUCCCCAGUAGCUUUCCCCUCCUUCGCUAGAAUAGGAUUAUUCCCACUCACCUCCGGGGAGGUAUGGCUAGUAGCUCCUUCUCUUACAACAGGUACAAGGGGAAGCACUCUUAGAGCCUUCAACUAUAAGGCUUUGCUCAGUGUCUAGACUUGGGAUGUGAACUUUCUUCCUAAUUAUUUCUAAAUUUCAGUAUCCAGUAUCUCAAAUUACAAUAGGUAUAGUUCCUAUAACCAGUUAAAAAGUUUCCUAUUAGAACUGAGAGAAUAGCUGGUCCCCCCCACCCCCCGCCGCCCCUUUUACCUUUUGGUUGUGAUUUAGCCUGAGUCUUACAGUCUUAUUUCUUUGUGGAAUGCACCACUGAAGUGUCUUCUCCAUUGGCUAAGUACAUGUUUAAAGCCAUGAGUUUUAAUGUAAAUACUAAAACCCAGAUUUGCUCAACUCUAUGUGUCCAAGCUGUUUCCCCCAUUCAGGGUGCUAAACAGAAUUGGAAUCUUUACUAAGACAUGCUCAGGAAAGCUGCAAAAGAGAACAGCCUCAAAACCCCUCUCCCUAUGACACUGAAUGAUAGAGAGGAAAAAAUUCUUGGGGAUUGCCAAUUAUAGUACAGUAGCCUUACUACUGCUAAUCACUGUCAAUAAAAGGUCACUCCAUUCCCCUCUAUUUGAGGAAAACAAUAAGAAUGUAUCUGAUGAACUAGAAUACUGGUCAGUACUGGGAAAUUUUAAUGUUGCAAUAUCUAAUCAAACCUUGAGUGUACUGGUUCUGUGAACCAUCUGAAAAAAAGCAAAUUAAACUUAUUAAACAGUA